GCAGUCAAUGCGUCUCUCGGAGCUUCACAGGAAGUCGCAGCUGUGGCGAGGGAUCGUGAGCAUCGCGCUGAUCGAAGGCCGGAACCUGAUCCCCAUGGACCCCAACGGUCUGAGCGACCCCUACGUCAAGUUCAGACUGGGACACCAGAAGUACCGGAGCAAGACGGUGCCAAAGACGCUGAGUCCGCAGUGGAGGGAGCAGUUUGACCUGCAUCUGUACGAGGAGACCGGAGGAGUGCUGGAGAUCACGGUGUGGGACAGAGACACCGGCAGGAGAGACGACUUCAUCGGACGCCACCAGCUGGAUCUCUCCGCUCUGUCCAAGGAGCAGACUCAUCACCUGGAGCUGCCGCUGGAGGAGUCCCGGGGCAGCGUGGUGCUGCUGGUCACGCUGACCGCCUCGGCUCACGUCUCCAUCGCCGACCUGUCCGUCACGCCGCUGGACGACCCGCAGGAGCGCAGCGAGAUACUCAAACGAUACAGCGUCUUGAAGUCGUUCUCAAACCUGAAGGACGUGGGCGUGGUGCAGGUGAAGGUGAUGAGAGCAGAAGGACUGAUGGCCGCAGACGUGACCGGUAAGAGCGACCCGUUCUGCGUGCUGGAGCUGAAUAACGACCGGCUGCAGACUCACACUGUUUACAAAAACCUGAAUCCAGAGUGGAACAAAGUCUUCACUUU